AUGAUAGGUUGGACAUGUUGGAUGAUGGUACCUCUGGCAGCAAUAGGAUACGGAUCUCAAGGCAAGAACGCUAUACGUUGGCUCAAUGGUAUGCAUGGUGUUGGAUCUACAAAUCAGGGCCACGUGAUUAACCAACCACAUCAUGAAACAGCAGCAUCACAUACCGGAUCGGAUGGAUACAAGGUUAUUUGCAAGCAUCAAUGGAAUGAUACAUCACUGCAAGCAGCGUAUAUUUAUGGCCAAGGCUUAUACUACGUUAUCAUUGUCGUCAUCAUUGGUUAUCUUACAACACGCAACGUGCAUUUGCUGGGAUCGGGUUUAUUCGGAUAUCCUAUGGUUGAUAUUGUUGUGGGCUAUAGCAGAGAGCUACUUGUCAUUUGGUGUCUUGUUGAAGUUUACAAGGUCACAGCUAUGAUUGUUGAAUCAUGUCAGCCAUGGGGAAGAGUGUUUAUAUCGUUUGGCGGUGGCAACCUUUCUUGCAUCUCUGGUGGUUGGUUACUAUACCAAGCAACGGGCGAUUUCUCUGAAGAUUGUCAGCCAUUGCACGUCUCUUAUGAGUGGACUGUAUCAGCAACAAGAAACAGCAUCCAUAUUGUUGGUGUCAUAUCAAGCUUUAUCCUAUCAUCUGGUGCUUCUCGUUAUCGGUGA